UCAUUCCUUUUGUGGCACUUCCAAACUUUCUAGUUCUCUCUUUCCUAACUCCUAACUCACGAGAUCACGACUAUACCUUUCUCUACACUCCAACUGAAAUAACUUCCUCCUUCCUCGUCAACCUACACCCCACUUCGCAAUGGAUUUCCUCAGUCAAUACUCCAACUCGUAUCCUUUUCUCUCAGAUUUCCCGUCCGCCUCUUCCCCAAUGUCCGAUUCCAGCAGUCAUCCAGCUACUCACUCCGACGAAGAGAUCAUGCUGGCAUCCAGCCAUCCCAAGAAGCGCGCCGGUCGGAAGAAGUUCCGGGAGACUCGGCAUCCGGUUUACAGGGGCGUCAGGCGACGGAAUUCCAAUAGGUGGGUCUGCGAGGUCAGGGAGCCCAACAAGAAGUCGCGGAUAUGGCUCGGCACGUUCCCCACUGCGGAAAUGGCUGCACGCGCUCAUGAUGUAGCCGCUUUGGCACUCAGGGGACGAUCCGCUUGUCUCAACUUCGCUGACUCUGCUUGGCGCUUGCCCGUUCCUGUCUCCACCGAUGCCAAGGACAUUCAGAAAGCCGCGGCUGAGGCUGCAGAAGCAUUCCGCCCUCCUCAGGACUCCGAUACCAUGUCCAACGAAGACGUCAAGGCUGACAACACGGCCCCCAUGUCAAUGUCGCCGGAACCGGAUAAUGAAGAAAUGUACGUGGACGAGGAAGCAAUUUUCGGAAUGCCGGGAUUGCUCGCCAACAUGGCAGAAGGGUUGCUACUCUCCCCACCUCACUGUUCGCAACAACAAUGGGAUGACGUGGAAAGCGAUGCUGACGUGUCUCUGUGGAGUUACUCCAUCUGAUCCUCUCUCUGCACUCUGUAUCCUUCUUAUUAGUCCUUUCCCGUACUUUUUAGCGUUUGAGGAUGAACCCCUUUUUUUAUUUUUUUCUAACUGGGGGUCAGGUCUCAAGGUUAGGCUUGCUUUUUGUCUUUCUUUUAGGGGUUCGCUUGGUAGGUUGAAGGCAGAAAUCUAUGUCUACUCUCUACUCUCUACUGUAUGUAUGACAAUGUACCUUACUGUAUGUAUGGAAUAUGGAAUACCAAAAGGCUUUCGAAAAGAAACUUCCUGUCA